UCAUUUUCAAAGUGGUCGUGAUAGUGGGUGCGGUGGCGUCCUUUAUGUCGGAGAGAUGCAAAUGUUAUCGAGGUACUUCCAUCCCUUUUCCCACCCAGUCAACAGUAAUUUGAGAAAAUAGCUGCUGGGGGGGAGGGGAAGCGCUAGGACCCACUCCAAGGAAAAAGGGAACAGAAGAAAACAACGAGGAAAGACUGAAGGAAACACUUUUAGAGAUACGAACACAUGAAAGAAAAAACGAAUGAGACUUUUCAUUCUGAUUUAAGCAUUUUAAUGACUGGAGCAAAGAUCCAUGAAUUUGCGUUCAUGGCUCUCUUCGAUUAAACUUUUUAGAGAACUCAAUUGAUUGCGCAUAUCAGCGAUGUUUCGGUGAGCGAAUAUAUCCCAUAGUCUUCUUCGUGGGCGCAUAUUAAUGAAAAACACGGACUUUAUCGUUUGGGAAUAACUGUGAGCAACAUUUAUAACAAGUAGGCCUAUGUUAUCAGUCGAUAUGGAAAGAACGGAGGCAGCGGGGUGGAAGUUCCUACGGGACUCUCUCCUACUUUGUGUUUUUGCCGGUCACAGUGAGGCCCAGUGUGAUGGCUGUGUGGAGUACUGCUGUGAAGGCUCUCCCCCUUUCUGCUGCUCCUACUACGCCUAUAUGGGAGAUGUCCUCUCGGGCACGGCGAUCUCGGGCAUCGUGUUUGGUGUGGUGUUUCUGAUGGGAGCGCUGGCGGCCUUCUUCCUGUGUGUGUGCAUGUGUGUGAAGAAUGGGCGCGGGGCCCGGGUGGAUGUGUUCAACACCUCCUACAUCAACACUGUGUCCCAGGGCUACCCAGGACCCCCACCCCCCUACACCUAUGACUAUGAGAUGUACCCUUCGGCCAUGCGCCCCCCUCCCUACACCCCCACCCCACCCAGGAUAGACAGCUACUCACCUCCCCCUCCGUAUCCGAGCUGUAAUCGCAAAUGACUUGAAGACAAAAUGGAGAAUCCUGCCCAGGCUACUUGCCCUUCUGAAGGAGCACAUCUUGGAUUAAGUUUAUGCAGUGUUCUAGCAGAGAAAGAUGAGACUGUAAGCAUUUCCUUUCGAACCUCUGGAUCACUUAAAAUGACUGCAUGUGGACUGGACCACUUUGACCUCUUCUUGUGGGUGUGAUUGGGUCAAUUGAACUGACUGGUGUUUC